GGUAUUGUGUCUAGGUGGAUAGGCUGGGUGGCGUCUCGCGAGAUGUGCCCGCUCCGCCCACGGUGUUGCGAGCCGGAGGUGGUGCCGCGCGGAGCCCGGUGCUGGGGCGGUCCGGUCUUUCAUUUAAAGGACUUGGAGCUGAGAGCCAUGCUUUCAAAGGGGGAAGAAAAACACUCUGCCUAUCUGGAAUUGCUUCACUUGUCAUCAGGGAAAGAUGAGCUUUCCUUUCCCAUUCCUUGUGUAGCAGCAGUUAGUGCUCAAAUAUUUAUAGAAUAUGCAUAUUAUAGAUAUUAAUGCUUUUCCUUGAGUUAUUUUAAUGCUGAUCAUUGAUGUGGAAUUCGUAGUGUCUUAACUUCCUUUAUCUGCUGAGCUAAGGGAGCUUUAGUGUAGCUAGGGCCACAGACCUGCAGCGUCUGUACUCUGUCUCCUAAAGGCAGCUGAUGGAGGUGCCUGUUUCUUACAGUGAUGUUUCUUCUCCUAUGAAAACUCUUUAAUUACAGUUACACUAGUACUCUCCAAUCCUAUCUAGGUUUCUCUUCACGAUAAUUGUUUGCUUACAGAAUUGAUCUUAGCAUUUCUUGAAUCGGGAAUAAGUUAAGACUAGAAGGGAUAUACAGGAUGCUAUAUCCAGGUUGUGAUUAGUAGUACGUAUGGCACUCUAAGAAAAUAAAUGCUGCGUUCUUCCAGAAGGACAUAGGUCAUUUGUAGGAGCUGCUUAUUUGCAAAUCAGUAGAAUUACUGCAACUAAUAUAGUGGUUUGUUCUACGUGUAUGGACCAGUUCACCAUCCUCAGCUGAGUGUCACUCACAAGGGCUGCCUCAGAUGGCAUUCUUACUGAUAGCUCAGUGCUUUCACUUCUAAUACCAGCUAAGAAGAGAAAUCCUUCUGUCAGUAAAGAAAUUAACUAACAGAUCAAAUGUUAUUAGUGGAAAGCAGUUGCGAUUCCUUUUCCUUUUUUCUAAUGGAGAUGAGCUUAUACAUGCAAGUCUAUAGCAAACGUUUAACUACUUGUAUAAAUAUUCUGAAUAUAUUAUGUUCUCCUGAGUUCUGAGGCAGCUUAAAAGAGGCAGCAUUGUUGUUGUUAUCCAAGUGUAUGGAAUGUAAUGGUGGCUGGAGUUUUGAUUGUACCUGCGAAAGAAGCUAAAUAAAGCCUGGUUUUGCAUACAGAAAUGGGCCUGUUUUUAGAAGAUGCAGUGCACUAGAUGUGGUGCUUGGAACAGAAUUAGUCAUGGCAUCAGAACUAUGUAAAACAAUCUCUGAGGCAAAGCUGGAAAAGCACAAGAAUUUGUUCUUAAAUUACAGAAAUCUCCAUCAUUUUCCUUUGGAGUUACUGAAAGAUGAGGGGCUGCAGUACUUGGAGAGACUUUAUAUGAAAAGAAAUUCUCUGACCACAUUGCCAGAAAACCUUGCACAGAAGCUUCCAAACCUCGUGGAAUUGUACCUUCAUUCAAAUAACAUAGUUGUUGUACCUGAAGCCAUUGGCUCCCUCGUUAAACUGCAGUUUCUGGACCUAAGUGAUAAUGCCCUUGAAAUUGUGUGUCCAGAGAUCGGUCGCCUGAGAUCUUUACGUCAUCUUCGUUUGGCUAACAACCAGCUGAAAUAUUUACCUGCAGAGGUUGGAGAUCUGAGGGAGCUGCAAACGCUGGAUAUCUCAACCAAUCGCUUGAUAACGUUACCUGAAAGGCUGCAUAUGUGCCUCUCGCUGCAGUACUUGACUGCAGACCGGAACCACCUGUGGUAUGUUCCCCGCCAUCUGUGCCAGCUCCCAAGCCUCAACGAGCUCUCCAUGGCUGGGAACCGCCUUGCAUUUCUGCCUCUCGAUUUAGGUCGUUCGCGGGAGCUCCAAUAUGUUUAUGUGGAUAACAACAUUCAUCUCAAAGGCCUUCCAUCCUUCCUGUAUAAUAAAGUCAUUGGUUGCAGCGGAUGUGGUUCUCCAAUUCAAGUUUCAGAGGUGAAACUGCUCUCUUUUUCAUCGGGACAGUUAACUGUGUUCCUGCCAGCAGAGGUGAAGUCUAUAGGGACAGAAACAGAUCAUGUGCUGCCUUUGCAAGAAUUGGCUAUGAGGACCCUCUAUAACACUUACUACGUGUAUUUAAAAGAUUUGAAUUUCCUUACUCCAAUCUCACUACCAAAAAGCCUCUUGGAAUUGCUACACUGUCCCUUGGGACACUGUCACCGCUGCAGCCAGCCGAUGUUUACCAUUGUCUACCCAAAGCUCUUUCCAUUAAGGGAAACUCCAAUGGCAGGAUUGCAUCAAGGGAGGACAACUGUUAGUUUUGUGGCAUACUGCUGCUCCACCCAGUGUCUGCAGACUUUUGACCUACUGAGUUGAUAAACAUUUUAAACUACUCAGGAGUGCUGCCAGUUUAAAGCUGCAUUAAAUGUCGUGUCCUAUUGGUACUGGAAUACAGUGUGUGUGCCAAAGCAGCAGAAGUGCCCAGUCGGAACAUUAAGAGGCACUUAAAUCCUGCCCUAUCAAAUUUGGAUGAAGUGCAGAAACUUUUUCGGAAGUGUAAAUACCAAGUUUUUAAGAGCAUUAACUUCUUUCAUCCAAGUUAGCAUACAAACCAGACAAAUUCUCAAGUUCUAACUCCCUAGAUUUGCAGUCUUUUUCAAAUGCGACUGCCUUCAGGUGGAUCCGCUGUGUCUUUUGGGGCAGUUUUCAUUCCUCUAACAGUGUCCAACUGACCUAUAAUUAAAAAAAAAAAAAAAUUGCCCAGUUUUUGCUUUUUGCUCCCAUCUUCUACGUUCUACAGUUGAAUUCAGAUGUAUAAAUCUAAGCCUAUACAUGCCUUUGAAGGAACCCUGUGACUUUCUCAUAGAAUUUUGUUUUAUUUCUCUCAUCUCGAUAUUUUCCCCCACAGAGUUAUCCUAGUUUUAUACCAAGUCUUUAACAGGCAACCAUGCUAUUUAAAUCCACGUAUUUGAAGCAGAUCUUUGCUUCUGAGAUUAUUAUGAACCACGCUGAUUCCGCUGGAGUACCAAGGAUAUGCCUGGAGACUGAAGGUGCUGUUUGAGUAACAAAGGCCUGUACUGAUAUCGACAGUAAGUGGUCUUGCCCCGGUGUGUUUGGUGAUGUGCUUUCUUUAUUUUCAUCACUUAUAUGCUUUAUUUUUAAUAAAAACAGUUUCCCUUUUGCUGUGUUCCACGUUCUUCGGGAAGAAGACAUCAAGUACAAACUUCACUUGGAAAAAAUAGUAAUGUAAAUAUUUAUCCCUAUUUACUCUAUUUUGACUCUUGCAGCCAGUAGACCUGCACAGGUCUUCAUUUUUCUAGGUUCUGGGUUUGAUUUGUGAGAGCUUCUCUCUGGAGUGCGUGAAGCUCAGAGAAGGCUGGAGAAGGGGAGGGAGGGAAGUACGUUUAUGUUCAUGGGUAGGUGUACAUGCAUACCUAUGUAUCUUCACAAAAGAGCUGCGAUGAAAUUUUUUAGUGCAUUAUGUUCACGUUCGUUUUAAAGGACAAUGAAUGGGGGAAAACAAGGCCCCAAACGUCUGCAUAAAUUGAGAUUUCAUUUAUAAACAAAGCAGAUUAAAUAGUUACCCAUUUUUCACUUGCUUUUGCAUAUGUAAAUUGUUAAUGUAUUUAUUUUUUAAAAAAAUUAGUUAUAAACUAUAUGUUGAUCUAGCAGUGUUCCACUCUGUGCAGUAGUUAGUUAUAAGCUGAAAGAAAUAUAAAUGAGAAAGUUAUAAAAAUGACAAGAUAAAGAAACUUACUUGGUAGUGAAUUAGCGUAUAUUGUGAUGAGGUGUGCACACUUUGGAGGGAGGAGGCACUGUGAAAUGUUUUCCUUACGCCAAAGAAGCAUUUGUUCCUAUUGCAGGCUUCCUGGCAUCUCUUCAAUAAACAGAGUAUCCUAAGAGCUCGAAAGAGCACCAAAAAGGCAGUUUUUGAGGGUGGAAUUUUUAGGUUGUGCAUGUUACUUGUAAAAAGCUUUGCUGGUUUUAUUGGGUUGAUUUUUAGAGAGUUGAAUUAGCAUUAAGAAAUGUUGAACUUAAUCCUUCAGGAAUGCAAGUAUCAUCUACUCUUUAAGAAUUGUGAAACUUUCUAAAAUAAAUCCCAUUUAAUAAAUCUGCUUUGCAGUAGGGGAAAGAGCCAUGUCCAAACAGACUCUUUUUUUACUACUGGAUUUCUUACUAUGUCACUGGACUAAUUUUAUUUCAGUGCUGGUAUCCCCAGCAGGCCUUCCCUCCCAGUGGGGUUUACUACUGAAGACCCAGCAUUAAUCUUCAGCUGUUUUUGCUUUAGAACUGCCCAUCUGAAAUGUAAAUUACCCACGUACAGUAUCUGCCUAUAUCAGCACUGCGCAAGUGUAGUACAGAAGCCAAUUUUCUUAAUGAAUGGUGAGAUGACUACGGUAGUGUUACAAAGGCAAGUUUUGGUACAAUCAUAAUUGGGAGUUUUCAUUGUUAUUUUUACUGUGUCAUCUUUUGUAAUAUUUGAAGGAGAUAUUUUGUUGGAAGCUUGUCCUCUUUCUGUAGAAACUCAUGGACCUUAAAACCAAGCAUUUCCAAACUCAGUCGUAAAUUAAAUUUUAUUUUAGAGUUAAAUCUUUUGAUGGACUGAAGGACACCAAUGUUUGUUCGAUAUGGAGUCAGAUGGUAAGAGUGGAGCUCGUUUUUGAUUUUUUUUUUCCCGUAGUCAUUUUCAAAUUCAUAUCCGUCUAUUAUUGUCUGCCAGUGCAGUUCAGCUGAAGAAAUUCCAGUCUGUUCUAUAAGCAGGAUGAAUCUUAACUAACAUUUUAAUAGAUGAUAUUUCAAGAAUGGAAUGUUCAAUGAAUAAAUGACUUAAACAUGCAAUUGAAGCUGAAAUGUCAUAUUCUAUUUUUAUAAAAAAAAGGAAGAGGGAAGCCAAUAUAUAGACUGAAGAUGCAGCUUAAUUUCAGGCUUCUUUGAUGUUUUUGAUACAAACAGAGUUUGUAUUCAUCUGUAUCUUUGGGUGAUAUUGUCCUAGGUUAAAAUAAAUCCAUUCUCGCUUGUCCAAAUUUUUCUGAAGUAGUUCUGCUGUAAGAGUACUUCAUAGCCAGUUGAGAAGAGAGCCAGCUAUGCUGGUUGCAAAGAGGAUAGGGAGAUUGUUGCUGACUGAACUGCAUCGCUAGAUUUACAAUAUGAGGUCAAAUACUUCACGGCUUCUCUUUAAGGCAUUUAUUUCUUGGUAAUUUUUGAUUGCUCUUGUUGAUCAGGUCAGUUCACGUUGAGAUCAGUUUCUCCUUGCGAUGCAAAAAAUCUGGUUCCAGCAGUUAAAGAAAAAGAAAGACCCUUUUAGAAGUCUUUUUUGGUCAUAAAAUUAGAUCUUAACUCUUGGCUUAUGGUGGGAGCAGGAAAAACUCCUGAUUUUUCUAGACUUAAUGAAGAGAGAGGUGCAAGAGAGGAAAGAGAACAGUGAGUUACAAAUUUAUCACUAUAAUUUUUCUGAGGGACGUUUAACUCAUGUCGGGAUUGAAGAGCAUGCGCUUAAGUUCUGUUUGUUUUAUCAAGUGCUGUGUUAAUGAAAUCGAGACCCUGCAGGAUUGUGCUUGUAUCUAUAACUUAUACCACAAAGAGAAAAAAGGAGUCUCUGGCUUUGAAAAAUACUACUUGUGCAGUUUUACACCGGCCACUGUUACAUUUGAAGCAUUAUUCUUGGGAGCCUUCCUGCUGCUGCUCCUCUAGGGGAUCAGAAAUGCCAGUGUCCUUUCCUAAGUGAAGAACAAGCUCUAAAAUCGAGUGAGCAUUCUUCUGUUUUGGCCUGAUGCUUCUCGUGGGUUCUUACUGAAGACUAUCACAAACUUUCUGUUUACUUCAUUGUGGUGAUCUUGGGCUGAGCAGACUGGAGCUGUUUUUUUUGCCAAGUUGACUUCAAUUGUUACAUAUCAAAUUCUGCUGAAUUCCUUUUUCUGGUAUGAAGGAGGACGAGCCUUGUAAUACCUGUGUGGUAACAGCAUGUCAGGUUUUACUGACAGCACAGCCAAGUUGAAGACUGGAGAGUGAGAAACCUUUCACUAGAGAGGGUGACUUUUUUAAGGCCUUUGUGGCCUCAUCAGUGUACCACUGAUAACAGAAGAGCUUUUGCCUUGAUGUCAGUGGAGGUUGGAUCAAGUUCUAAUUCCUGAGAGAGAAGAAUGUUUUACCAUCUUCGUAUUUCUUGCGGAAACUGGGACAAUCUCAUUGAAGUCUGUGCCUACUGCUAGGCAACCUGUCUGCAGCUGAAUUUAUGUAAUUCCAAGGUGUGGUUAUCUUUGCCUUUUACUUCCCUCCUAAUACUACUCAUAUUGUUGCAAAAUGUUACAAUUAACUUGUGAUGGAAGAGACUGAGUAAAUUGAAUCCAGAGCUUUUAUUACUUUUUGUAUUACCAACCAAUUUUGUAAGAGACCGAAGGUCUGAUGGAACGAAAGGGCAAGGUUCAUGCAAAGCCUGCCUUGUUUUUACUGUAUGUCCCUUCUUCGGUUUACAACUUGGAUUGCAACUGAGUUUAUUCUGUGUUUGUUGAAUGUGUAUUGCCUUUUUGCUCUGUGUUCACCAAAUGUCAGUUGGUGUGAAGGUGAGCUUGGUAGAUGUUUCAUUUAAAGUUAGUGGUGCAAUUUAUUGUACGUGCUCGUUAAUAAAUUAUAUUUUUUGAUAAAA